CCGGUUGUUAGCCUCGCACUGUCAUUGUUGCAGGAGCCAUGAUGAUGGGAAGUGGAAUGAAUCUGUGGCCCGGCGGGCCGACACCGGGAUCCUUAUAUUCCUUCCCUGGAGGAGAGACCAGGGCCGCCGAGGGGCCCCACAGGCACACACUGAACCCCAUGGUAACAGGAACCUCUGUACUGGGGGUGAAGUUUGAUGGGGGAGUGAUUAUUGCUGCGGAUAUGCUGGGAUCGUAUGGUUCAUUGGCUAGAUUCCGAAACAUCUCCAGGUUAAUGAAAGUGAAUUCAUGCACCAUGUUGGGAGCUUCUGGCGAUUAUGCAGAUUAUCAGUACCUGAAGCAAGUCAUUGACCAGAUGAUAAUUGAUGAGGAGCUUCUGGGAGAUGGCCACUCAUACAGUCCUAAGGCUAUGCACUCCUGGCUGACACGUGUUAUGUACAACCGAAGAAGCAAGAUGAAUCCUCUGUGGAACACGGUGGUAAUUGGAGGACUCUAUAAAGGAGAGAGUUUCCUUGGGUAUGUGGACAAGCUCGGUGUGGCUUAUGAAGCUCCAACAAUUGCAACUGGAUUUGGGGCAUACCUUGCACAGCCUCUAAUGAGAGAAGUUUUGGAGUCUAAACCGUCCCUGACCAAAGAUGAGGCCCGCGCGCUGGUGGAGCGCUGCAUGAAAGUUCUUUAUUACAGAGAUGCCCGCUCUUAUAACAGAUAUGAAAUUGCCACGGUAACAGAGAGUGGAGUGGAGAUCGAAGGACCCCUCAGUUCAGAAACAAACUGGGAAAUUGCGAACCUCAUCAAGGGGUUUGAAUAAAAUCGGAAGUACAGACCAGCUACUGCAUCAAAACUAUAUUAUUUUUCUUUUGAGUUGUCUGAAUAAAAAACUGUUUUUGUAAA